UUCACAAUUUGACAGCGGCAUUCGAAGUGGGCCGACUUCAGACGAUGACGAACGGCGGUGCGUACGGUUGUGCACAUGAAACGUUCAGUAAUUUGGAGCAUUCUUGGGUCGUCAGAAGAAACAGUUACAGUGCACGAGCAAUACUGACGGAUAAAUUCAUCAAGACGGAAAGUGGUUAAAAUAAUUUACUUGUAACGGAUGUUAUUUCAACCAGCACAGUUAUAGGUGAACGCUUUCUGUCGCCUUGUGAAGGUUUUUUUUGUUUGUUUCUGGGCCACUGGCAGGUCCGCGAACUUAAAUCAGUGGGGCACGGCCCCUCCAAUAGGCUUUUUGAAAUAAAAAGGAGAAAGACGACCUUUCGGUGUUGUUUCACUCUUGUUGCCUACAAUUGUGCAAAACAGAAAUUCAGAAAUUCCACGGAAACUACGUGAAGAAAUCGCCUUCGUUUUCGUCUUCCGAGCCCUCGAAAAUUUGGUUGUAGACACAAGCUUUGUUGUGGCUGAUGAAAAAUGUAUCCAGUGUACAACCUCGAAUGUACAUUGACCUACACUGGGUCAGUUUUCAUGACUGCAUGCCAAACACAUCCCUAAAACACAUUAAGGAAUCGGUGGAAAUAACAUCACCUCGUGUAACCUUGUCAUGCAUAUCGGAGAUGUACAUGCAUAGUUGAAAACCAAACGGAACAGCAAACGACUUCACAUUUGGAAAGAGCACACGCGAUAUACGGCACACAAGGCGAGAUCAGAUGUGGGCGAAUGUGAGUUGGAGCACACGUGCCAGCCAUUGCGAGCAGCUGUUGGUAUGGAUGGCUUCAGCAGAACAAAACCAGCACAGACAGUGCCGAGGAACUGAAGCCAAAAUACCAUUGAGAUCGUCGAGUUGGCCGGGUGAAGGUCUUGUGCGCAGAUAGUUCCCACACGCAUACUGCUUGCUGGACUCUAGUUGGCACUGAACCCGACUCCCUGCAUUUUUUUGUUCACCAUGGACCUGCACCUGCUGCAUCCGCUGAUAUUCCUCGUAGGAGUGGCACGCAUCACAGAAUGUCAGACUCCCAUCCUUCCGCCUACCAAUGUUCAAGUCCAAUUCACGGGCCCCAAGUCUUUCACCGUGGCCUGGGACCCGCCACCGCACCCAGUCACGGGCUACACGCUGGCCUACAGCGGUGGCAACGUCCAGAUCGCUGCGGACCGCACCAACGUGCACGUGGUCAGCGAGCAGGACCUCGACCCGAGCAGGUUCACCAUGGGGUUGUACUCCCAGACCUCGGCCGGCUACAGCACCACCGACGUGUUCUCUGUUUUGCAUCCCGGAGAUUCGAGAAUACCCCCGCCACCGUCGGGUCUUCGGACCCUCAUCCUACCGGACACCUUGAACCUAGAGUGGGCCACCCCCGUGGGCGAGUUUGAGUUCUACCGCCUCAUCUUCUCCAAGGACGGCAUGGACGAGUUGUCGGUCGACCUCUCGCCGACGGACACCUCGUACACCAUCUACGAGGUCAGUGGGAGCUUCUACACCCACCUAUACACCGUUCGGAACGGGAUCAUCAGUGAGGCUGGCAAAUGGAAGAAACGGACCAGUACUGUUGAAGCCCCCCUACCACCAAAAGAUGUCUUCAUCCAGCAGACUGGUGAUUACUCCUUCACCAUUGCAUGGACCCCUCCCGAGGACACCAUCGACGGAUAUGUACUGAUGUACAGCCCCAAUCAAAUUUUACCAGAGAGGAAGAUUUUACUUAACGAUUCCAUGACACAUAUGCACAUCGUAUGCGAGGCCCCCAUCACAACCCAAUUCCGAAUCGGGUUCGUGUCCGUCAAAGGCCAAUUACACAGUGACCCAGGCCACGUGCGGCUACUCCUACCCGGUCACGAAAAGUUACCUCCGACACCAGUCGUCACCCAGCGCUUGCUGACGCCUUCCUCUGCUCUCCUCGAACUGAGUCCUGCGCCUGGUAGGCUCGAUUUCGACAAAUACCAAAUGACUGUGAACCGGACCGACGAGCUUUUUUCUGUGUCACUAAGCAAAGAAACGACGGGGUACAUUGUGGACAAACUAACUCCUGGAAGAGAGGCUAUCGUGCGAAUCAUCUCUCUAAGGAACGGUAUAAAAAGUGACCCAGUACUGAUUCAAGUUCCGGAUCCGGAGAUUCGAAAGCCAAAUUCACCCAAGUUCUUGAAGAGGCACAACUUGGGCAGCUCCUCCAUCGUGCUGAACUGGGACUCUCCAUCCCUUCCCUUCGACCAUUACUAUCUGGACGUUCGGCGGGACAACGCCCGCUCUGCGUCCGACCUGACGCAGUGGUCCGUCCUUCUCAACAAGACCGCCACCAGUUUCGUUCUGUCGGAUCUGAAGAGGCGAGAGCGGUAUAGAUUCACCUUGUACUCGGCACUCGAGAGUUAUGGGACCUUCAGCGAGGGGGUGGCAGCCAUCUCGGUCCCUAAGGCCCCAACUCAGUCCACCGUCAGACUCGGGGCAGUGACUCUGCAUGCCUUGCAGAUCACCUGGGAGCCCGUCCCAAAUGCCACAGACUAUCACCUCAGCCUGGUCAGCGACUACGGGGACACUCGCCUCGUUCAGUUAGGCCAUACCUCUGUGGAUAUGCCCAGGGAGUUGGAACACGUGUUCCUGGAUUUGGACGACGGCAUAAGAUACCGUGCGAUCCUGGACGUGGUGAUGGCGGGAAAACCUAUGAAUUCCGGCUGGAUACAAGGGGAAACGGUGACAUCUCAGGACAACAUCAGGUUGGUCAGUUACCCGCCCAGCACCCUGGAGGUUAUCUGGCCGGUCGAGCCCGGUGCCUCCCGGUACAUCGUGUCGGUGAUCAGUGUAGACGGCGUGGACGUUCGCGACAUACCGACCCAGGAUUCGCGGAUCACCAUCUACGAUAUCAGGACCGAGACGCCGUACGAGAUCGGCAUCCGGGCCCUCGUUGAUGGGGAGGAGACGGCAGUUGGAGGGGUCGUUCAUUCCAUAGCUAGAGACACACAGCCACCAUUCAUCAUCAGCUGUCCUGCUGACAUCACGAAGACCAUCCCGUUGGCUUCGGGCGGGAUCAGUGUCUACUGGCUGCAGCCGGAAGCGAUUGACGACUCCGGGCUCUCACCCCUCACUCGGUCGUCCCACGAGCCGGGCGACAAUUUCAAAACGGGAGCAGAAGUCGUGUCCUACGUUUUCCUCGACCCUUCUGACAAUAGGGCUGACUGUAACUUCACCGUGACAGUCAACGAAGUUGAUUCCGAGCCACCACUGAUCAUCAGUUGCCCUAUGAACAUCACGACGUCCGUUUACUCUCACUUGCUGAACGAUGGACUGGUUGUCGAGUGGACGGAGCCCGAAGUCAUCGAUAACUCUGGCCGUAUUCAGUCGACAAACGCAACUCACAGGCCCGGGUCCAAGUUUAGACAGGGUCCAACUACGGUGACCUACCGCUUCGCAGAUCCCUCCGACAACGUAGCUACGUGUAGUUUCUCAGUGACUGUGCAACUGCUUGAGGAUCUGGUCCCGCCAACUAUUACGCGCUGCCCGAACGACGUCCACGAGACCAUCCGCCUGGGCGUGCCGGGCGUGGUGGUCGACUGGGCUCUGCCCCAGGCAAGUGAUGACAUCGGUCCCGUCCGGCUACUCAACGGGUCGCACGAGCCACAGUCUGUUUUCCACGUGGGCCAAACACCGGUGACUUACGUCUUCGCCGAUAUGGCGGGAAACACAGCCACGUGUAACUUCACCGUGACCGUGGAGGCCAUCGACGAUGAACCUCCAGUCAUUCUUCGAUGUCCGUCCGACAUCAACAAGACGACACCAGAGCACAACACCUCCGGCGUGAUCGUGAAAUGGUCCAGGCCGAAAGUACGGGACAAUUCUGGUGUGCCCGUCUCAUGGUUGACGACGCAUCGAUCCAACACGGCUUUUCCGGCAGGACAGACUAAUGUCACCUACACUUUCUUCGACACCUCCAAUAACACAGCCACCUGCACAUUUGUGGUCACAAUUUUCGAAGCUUCAACUACAACACAAAGUCCCACCACUCUAGUUCCAACAACUUCAGCACGUAUCCCAACAACUACAACUAUUCCAACAACUACAAAAACUGUUCCAAGAACUACAACACUCCUUCCAACAACAGCAACGCCCAUUCCAACAACCACAACGCCCAUUCCAAAAACCACAACGCCCAUUCCAACAACCACAACGCUAAUUCCAACAACACUCAUUCAAACAAAUACACCUAUUUUCAAAACUACAACACAAAGUCCAACAGUUACAACACCCAUUAAAGCUACUGCAACACCAGUCCCCAGCACGACUUCGAUUUCAACCAAAACACCGACCUGGACCACAACACCGGCCCCAACCACAGCUUUUGUCAGAACUUCAGCUGUAAUUCCGAAAAGGAGUGCACCAAUGCCAAAUCUACCCACCAAUGUUACAACAACGCAUGAGCAUACUCCUCCAUCAGAAGUAGAAAAAAUCACUUUGCAUGGCUUAACCUCACCCGGAGUUGUCGAUCUAACCACCUCCCCCUUCCUCGAUUCGACCGAACCAGCAAGGAUUACAAUUGGAAAUGUACCAAUAGCUAUUACGGCAGGGACAUACGGUAUCUGUGAUUGCUACGUGGAUGCGAUAAACUUGGCGUUCAUGAGUCAUUGUGAAUUGCCUACAGGCUGUGAUGCUGACCGACUUCUCGCUAACCUGACCGAUAUAGCAGUCGGCUCAGAGAACGUUGAAAACUUCUCGGGAGCCCUAAAAGUGAUUACCACGGGGCACAGUUCCAUAUCUGCUGCGGGGAUCGAGUCUUACGCGACAAUCCUGGAGAGCAUCUCUGUGGUCGGAUCCACCUCAUCCCAAGUUGCAAAAAACAUCGUUGAAUCCAUGGACAACAUCUUAAACGUACCCAGGGAGGAAUUUCACGAGGCACAAAAGAGUGUCAUGGCCAACACAAGAAUCCUUAGGUCCCUUGACUUUCAUCUCUUGCACGCCCAACGAGGUAGUGAUAGUUUCAUUAGCACCGAGUCCAACCUGGCGGCUUGGACCAUCUACGUUCCUCACAACGCCACCGUGACUUACACGCUUCGAACAGACGGGGCGUCGACUCAUUUUUCUGGGGAAGAGGAAGCCGGUGACAAGGGGCAGGAACCGGAAUACGACGAUCUCAUUGCCUCUAUCUCGUUGCCAACUGGUGUGUUUUGGUAUGACACUGCCCGAGGUACGGCAUCCUCAACCUAUCCGGCUAUUUUCACUUUCUACAACGACACCAAGUUAUUCCAAGCCGCCGAAGAGGUUGACAUGAACAGCGCGGUGAUUGCUGCCAGCGUGGCGGGUGUCGUGAGGGAAAUUUACCUGCACAACGACUCGGCAACGAUCACUCUGAAGCCCUGGCAGGAGUAUGAGGGUCGGGAGUCUGAGUGCGUGUUCUGGAAUCAAUCCCUCGCCGAUGGUGGAGGUGCCUGGUCAACUAACGGAUGCCAUCUUGCCCAGACUCUGGUAUCUGGACACGUCGUCUGUUCAUGCGACCAUCUCACCCAAUUCGCGCUCCGACUGACACCCAAGGUGUUCAUGAUUGAUAUCAUAGUCUUUGCCGGCUGUGUGCUGUGUAUUGGGAUGAUGACCGCUGCUACCAUGAUCAGUAUGUGCAUUUGGGCCAAGGUGCCUCAGCGCACCGUCAUCAACCUCUGCAUAGCGCUCCUCUUCCUGAACGGGCUGUUCCUGGGCGGCGUCGACCAGAUCCACCUCGCCGACGGCAUCGGCUGCACCGUCAUUUCCGCUUUGCUGCACUAUUUCCUGCUGGUCGCGCUGAGCUGGACGGCCGUGGAGUCGCUCAAUCUCUUCUGGCAGGUGGUACUGGAACGAGAGGAAUUCCUCAACAAGUGCAUCGUGCGUGUGACAGUUGGAUGCUGGGGUGUGCCACUACUGUUUGUAGCAUAUUCUCGGGUCAUCAUUUACCUGGCCACCGAUAGCUGGACAGAAAACAACAAAUUCUGUUUCUUGAACCCAAGUAUCGCCCUCUACGCUGGCGUAGUGUCGCCUAUCGGCCUUCUGCUCACGUUCCACUUGUACAUUAUCUGCAUGAUGCUACACAAGCGCCUCUGCAGUCGUUUCGGCAGCAGCGAUCGCAACGUCAUGCACGCCGUCCGUCGGAGCAAGCUCACCCUGGCCGUCAGCGUGCUCGUCACGCUGGAGUCGGCGGCCUGCUACGCCAUGCUCCUCUACGUCGACUCGGUGCUUUGCAGGGCCACCUUCGCCGUAGCCGCCUUCUCCCUGGGAGCCCUUCUCUUGGCCGGUGUGUACUGCCUGGGCAAGAAGGACCUACUGGACAAAGAGUGCAGCUUCUGCUGCCGCAUCACUCUCGGGAAAACCUCGGCCUAUCACGUGCAGAGGAAAAUGGUCGGCAAGAAACUCUGCCGGAAUAACGGGGUUCCGAGGAGCAAGUCGCCAAACACGUUUCGCGCCACUCGUUUUACACGAGUGGGAACUUUCCGCGCGCCCAUAUGGAAGGGCGAAGAUGUUUGAAGAUAGAUCUCUUAGUGUGUACAAAGCUAGUGUCAGAAACCAAUUUUAAACUGUGCCAAAUUGUCUCGAUGAAAUCAAAGCAAAAUAUAAAUACAAAGAGAUUAAGGUGAUUUGUGCUAAAUAACGCUUGCAUUAUUGUAUUACUGUGAAACUGACGUGAGGUCUGCCGAUAAAGUAGCUGCACACUAUACCACUGUGUACACGAUGAAUAGGCAUUUUGGUUCCAAAGCCUGAAAUUGUGGCAACUCUCUGUAUUAACGGUGCUUGCCAAGGGUCCAUCUGAUAUGAAAGUCAGCAUAACUGGCCAUUAUGAUGCUAUGUCACAUUGUCCUUGAAAGGCACGUGUAUGGUCUAUUUCCCUUAAUUUUCAAUUGUCGGGCUCUAUUGUUCCAGCUUAUUGUUAAUACUACAUGUCUGAGCCAAAUAUCCAGAUUUAUUUCGUUGUUUCUCACUUCAAUUCCAACGAGGUGUUGGACAUUUAACAGGGCCUUUUAAAACUGGGUAUCAGGCUUGCUUUAGAUCAGCUUUAGCUCAGAAAAAACGCGUCUUCUGUACAUACUUCUACUUUUAGCAUAUUCCAGGAUCGGUCAAUACGCGACUUAGGACAAAAUGUUUACAAACAGUGAUAUAGCGAAAUAAAUUGUUUUAGACAUUUAUGUAAAUGGAAAGUCAGGAUACCGCCUGGGCAUCAGUACUCGAUCAAACGCAUUUCCCUUAAAACUCUGCAAGAAAAAGAAAUCAACUCCAUAAAUGGAGAUGUACUGUAGUUUCAGUAGAGCAGUUGUUUCAAGUUUGAGAAAGAUUAACAGAUGUAUCUUUGGUGUGUUUCAUUUUGUACAUUUUUGGUUUAUCGUAUUAUUUUGACUAACAUUAUGGUUAAUUUCUGCUUUUAAAAGAUCCUGCUAUGAUCGAAACGUUAGGCCUCGUUUUUGCUUUGUAUAACACCAAUAUCAGUCACGAGCAUCACCAUAUUUGGGCAGGUCAUUACAUCACACGCAUAUGUCACAUUGUAAACAGUCUUAAAGUCUCUUCUAGCAGUCUGCAUUGCAAAGAUUGUGUGUGUUUCCAUGGCACGGCGUGCUUUGUCUGAAGGGUGGAAUGUAGGAAGUAAAAAAAAAAUGAGUGAAGUGUUCCCUGGCAACAAUUUGUUUGGUUGAGCAAAACAUGCAGUACAGGCGUCAUCUUUGUGUUCUAAUCUGCACUUGUACCAAUGCGAUAAGAAAUUCCUCGUUGCCAACUCAAGAUGAACAGCGUUAAAAGUCGAACAAAAUAUUGAAGUAAUUUUCCCUGGCUAAGGCAGGCAAACAAAUUGCUUGACUGACCACACCCAUUUCAAGGUAUACAAGGACGAAAACAACCAGCUCAAGCAGGGGGUGUUGGGUAAAGAUGGCGCUCAUUUUGCUGCCAGACCAAAACAUACAGCCAGAACCAUGUAUCAGAACACACUACGAGUGAUCAGUGGCCAGUCCAAAUAGGGUCGUAUCCCUGACUGAAUUUGGAGGCGGCAAGCAGUUAGCAGCAGGUUUUUUUUACAUUUCUGAAUUAAAUAUUAAUUCUCAAAGUAACAGCCACGACCCAUAAAAUAUGUAUCUAGAAGUCUUUGGGUAUGAAGAUGGAAGGCUUCAUUGAACUUUCCAAGGCGUUUCGUAGACUCUCUAAACCCUUAAGCCCAGGUCAUCUUACUUGAUCCUCGAAACAAAGCGUUUCGAGCAGAUUUAUCAUCUGUGAAGCCUUUACCACACGAUGGUGUCUUCAACAAAGCUAUUGUACAACCUGCUUUCUUCCUGUUAUAUUGUUUAAAACAGUGGCGUAUAUAUCCAGCGAGGGCGGGGAGGGGGAGUAAGGUUCCUUUUGGAGAUAUGUUGCCAUUUUAGGGGCCACGUCUGGACCCAAGAUCUGGACUCGCCACUGUUAUAUAAACCUCCACUUACAUUCGAGCCACGGUAGACAGUGCACGUAUUGUUACUACUUUUGUGUGGUUCUGGUAUGUACUGAAACCUACCGUGUGCAUGAAGGGUGGACGUGUUGGAUGUUUCCUUGCGUGUAUUUUUGAAGGUAAUCAUGACACCCCCUUCAGCUAUUGCGUGUCGUCCCUGAUUAAUAAAUUCAUUAUAAAGCCCAAAACACGA